CUCCAGCCCCAGGGGCUCUCUCACCUGGAUGAGGAUCUUGCCAAGGCAGACGAAGGGGGUGCUCACCUCCGCCAUCAACAUGCAGCCCAGAAAGAAGUCCCCCUUGCCCUGUCGCCACACCUGGGGGGGGGGGCAACAAGGUAAAACUGCACACCUGCUAGCCGGAGCAGGAGAGUGAGGCUCAGAGACCGGGCCACAGCAGCUCCAAAGCGCCACAGCUGGGCAGCCGCAGACCCUAACCCCACUGCCGUCCUGAGCUUGCCGGGGAGUUCCCCGUCUCUGCCAGCCCGGGUCCCCGAGGACUCACCACUGACAGCGGGAAGCACACAAGCACCAUGACAGCGUGGUGGAGCACCAUGAGGAACUCCUUGUGCAGAAGAGGAAGCAGCUGUGGCAGUUUAAUACAGCAACAACAACACUUGCCAAGAUGAUGCAGCUAGGAAAACUGGCAAAGCUGGCAUUGAAACCCGCGAAGAUGUGCAAAACCACAAAAAGGAAGUUUUUGAAGUGCCCUCACAGGUCACAAAUUUGCAUCCUAAGGACCCAAGCCAGCCCGCCAGUGUAUUUGGUUUUUCCAGUAUGGUGUUGCCAGUACUGUAUUUCCUUGAAUUCUAAAUUAUAGGUUAGUGAUGCAAAACUGGGAGCUCCAUGUAAAAGCCCAGCUUCUUUUAAGACAGAGUCAGAGGGAUUAAAUGAUGAAAAGAUCCCACUGCUUGCCUCUGGCCUCCUGUGCCCACCCUCAACUUCCACCGCCACCACUAACUCUUCUGGAAGGCUGGUGAGGUUCUGCAGGCCCCAGCGCAGGACCGCAAAGCACAAGGGGAAGAAGGCACAGCCGGUCACGAAGAGCAAGGUCAUGCCUCUGCAGUGGAGAAGGAGUGUCUGGAUGCCCCAGAGGAGGAAAGACACACCACCAACCAGUGCUGGCCGGCGGCAGGUGCACUGGUACAGGGCCAGUGUGGGGCUCCCAGCUCGACUUCGCCACCUGCCUCUGGCUUUCCCUCCCACAGCCCCGCUCCGCAGGGUCCCACCUGAGCUUGCCGGUGAACCUGAGGGCGAGAGAGACCCCACGGAGCGCCGGCUGUGGGCCCUGCUGCCUGCCUGCCGCAGACGCACCAUGCGAGCAGAUGGACCCAGCUCGGUGGAAGUCACACAGCAGGUCGCUGCGUAGCCCGGGGGUUCAGCCCCAGCCCUGGGGCGCCCCCAGGACGUCCAGCAUCCGGUGACGGUCCGACCAGGGCGGCAGGAAUUCGUCCUUGCGGUACGGUCACCCCCGGGUCUGCGGAGGAGCGAGGCGGGAAGGAGGCGUUUGGGGCUCGGCGGCCGCCGUAGGCGCCGCUCCCUGGUCCCCAUGGCAACCGCGAGAAGCAGCGGAAGGCUUUUGGGCGGUGCUGGCGCCAAAGCGAUUGGACCGAGCGCGGCGCGGAAUCCGUGAACGGCCCGCUGCCCCGAGGCUGCAGCUCCGGGACUGACUGUGCCUCCCCACCCCAUGGACGCCGCUUCUAGCCCGUGGAGUCCAACCCCAGCUCCUGCCAGCAACCCUUCCUUGCCGCUCCCCAUCCCCGCCAUUGUCUUCAUCGCUGUGGGCAUCUAUUUGUUGCUGCUGGGCCUGGUGCUGCUCACCAGGCACUGCCUGCUGGCCCAGGGCUGCUGCACGGACUGCAGCGCCCCCUGCAGGAAGCACAGCGCCUCUGAGCCCCAAGACUGUUGCUGGACCUGCGCGGAAGCCUGCGACUUUCCUCUGCCUAGCCCGGGCCGCUUCCUGGAUGCGUGCUGCCCCCAGCCCAGCGAAGCUGGUUGGGCCCCUCGCUGCCCCAGCUGCUGCCCCCUCUGCGACUGCGCCUGCGCCUGCCAGCUCCCGGACUGCCAGAGCCUCAACUGCCUCUGCUUUGAGAUCAAGCUCCGAUGAGGACCCCAGGGCCCUGCCCUCUGCGGGGAGCGGCCAGCCCCCAGGGCUCCGCGCGGCCCUCCUCCCCGAGGGGCCUCUGGACACCUUUCUCCAGGUCC